CAGACCACUUUCCCCUUGUUCUACUAGAGGUGUACUAUCACCCCACAAAAAUGCAUGUAUUUUUACUGUAUAGUUUUGGAUUUAUUAGUAUUCAAAACUACCAUGUCAUACUGUAACUGUAUGGGCCGUAUAGUCAACUUUAAUCAUUAAUAACUUGACUUUGGUGCAUAGUUCCAGGCUCAGACCACUUUCCCCUUGUUCUACUAGAUGUGUACUAUCACCACACAAAGAUUCGUGUAUUUUUACUGUAUAGUUUUGGAUUUAUUAGUAUUCAAAACUACCAUGUCAUACUGUAACUGUAUGGGCCGUAUAGUCAACUUUAAUCAUUAAUAACUUGACUUUGGUGCAUAGUUCCAGGCUCAGACCACUUUCCCCUUGUUCUACUAGAUGUGUACUAUCACCCCACAAAAAUGCAUGUAUUUUUACUGUAUAGUUUUGGAUUUAUUAGUAUUCAAAACUACCAUGUCAUACUGUAAUACAGUCAACUUUAAUCAUUAAUAACUUGACUUUGGUGCAUAGUUCCAGGCUCAGACCACUUUCCUCUUGUUCUACUAGAGGUGUACUAUUACCCCACAAAGAUUCAUGUAUUUUUACUGUAUAGUUUAUGAUUUAUUAGUAUUCAAAACUACCAUGUCAUACUGUAAUACAGUCAACUUUGAUCAUUAAUAACUUGACUUUGGUGCAUAGUUCCAGGCUCAGACCACUUUCCCCUUGUUCUACUAGAUGUGUACUAUCACCCCACAAAAAUGCAUGUAUUUUUACUGUAUAGUUUUGGAUUUAUUAGUAUUCAAAACUACCAUGUCUUACUGUAAUACAGUCAACUUUAAUCAUUAAUAACUUGACUUUGGUGCAUAGUUCCAGGCCCAGACCACUUUCCCCUUGUUCUACUAGAUGUGUACUAUCACCCCACAAAGAUUAGUGUAUUUUUACUGUAUAGUUUGGGAUUUAUUAGUGGUACCUAAAAGUACUUUGUCAUGUUGUAAUAUGGCCCUUACAGUGGUACCGCACUACAAGUACCGCACUACAAACAUAUCUUGGAAAUUAGUCCGACGUGCUUUGGAAACCAGAGGAUACAAGAGGAGCAAGUCCGAUAGUGCAACUGCGCAAACUUGAAGGAUGGAACAGCUUCAUGGAUCCGUUUGACGGUGAGGCCAAAACUGCACGCGCUGAGUUAUAUGCAAAUUAGCCAUGUGCACAUAAUGCGAGAUUGCUAUAUGAUAUUUGCCUCGUGACAGCGUCAUGUCUCCUUGAAUAUGCAGAAUUUGCUACCUCAGUGUAAUCUGUUGUAUUCUGCGUUAUCCUUUCUAGUUUAACAACCUAAUUCUAAGCCCUAAUUCUAGAGCGCAAUGAUACGUGUUCAUGUGUGUCGUUGCGCUGUGAAAAAACAAAUCAUUGCGCUCUAAUAGGUAGGAGUUAGCGGCCUGCUAUUUAGAGUAAAUGACGUCUAUCUUAAGUUUUGCAUAUGACAAGCUUCCCAAAAACAAAUGACUUCACGAGAAGGGUAUGUAUAGAAUUUUUCGGUAUGUUUUGGGUGUGUUUAGUAAUUAGUAACUAAUAAUUUGAUAGUGCGUUUACCAAAGGUUCCUCAAGUACAUUACCACAGUUACUACAUGCUAAUGUUGUCCUUAGAGUUGUCGUGUCACGCAACAAAGGGAAAUUUUAUUAUUUUGCGCUUUUAUGGUAAUAACGUAUCUAUAAGUUAUUUAAAGUCGACAAUCUAUCUUCUAAUUGGGUCGUUGCGUUUUAGACUAUAAAUUGUUAUUAAUUUAAGUCUUUUGAAGAUAAGAUUGCAUAAACUAUCGUAAGCACAGACCACAUUUUUGUCUUCAAAUCUUUUUUUAAGUAGUAAUUGUUUAAACAAUUAUUUAACAACAGGUUUCCAAUGAAAUGAAAACAGCUUUGGAUAUGUUUGUGUUCUCUUUAGGAUUUAUGUUUUCUCUGCCUUCGGAAAGGUAUGUUUUAUUAUUGUUUCAUUGUUUUAAUUCAUGAAAAAAAUUUAGCUGACCACACAAAUAACACAUUAUUUCCUGAUAGGAUAGAAAAACAAUUCUUACCAGAGACAAUAUACUGUCAGCAGUUGACGAGCUUCAAGGAUCAAAAACCCUUCAAAGCAAAGAACAGCAUGACACAUUCUGGGGUGAGGUGUGUCAACAUUUGGGAAUUGCCAGUAUAAAACUCCACAAAACAAGGCUUAAACGAGCCUAUUUUCGUCACAGAAAGGUAAUUAUUUUAAAUUUUUCAUAGUAGCGGUGACAUGUUUUAUAUAUUCCUGCAGAAUAUUUAAAUGCAUGCUUUGGCCCUGCAGCACAAGAUAGCGAGUGCUUCUAGAGUUGCAGAACAAGAAGCAGGCAGCACCAGUAACGUACAAUCUGAUGGAGGGAGCGAAGCUGAAGCUGAAGCUGAUGCUGGCAGCACCAGUAACAGACAAUCUGAUGGAGGGAGCGAAGCUGAAGCUGAAGCUGAUGCUGGCAGCACCAGUAACAGACAAUCUGAUGGAGGGAGCGAAGCUGAAGCUGAAGCUGAUGCUGGCAGCACCAGUAACAGACAAUCUGAUGGAGGGAGCGAAGCUGAAGCUGAAGCUGAUGCUGGCAGCACCAGUAACAGACAAUCUGAUGGAGGGAGCGAAGCUGAAGCUGAAGCUGAUGCUGGCAGCACCAGUAACAGACAAUCUGAUGGAGGGAGCGAAGCUGAAGCUGAAGCUGAUGCUGGCAGCACCAGUAACAGACAAUCUGAUGGAGGGAGCGAAGCUGAAGCUGAAGCUGAUGCUGGCAGCACCAGUAACAGACAAUCUGAUGGAGGGAGCGAAGCUGAAGCUGAAGCUGAUGCUGGCAUCAAUUGCAGUCAUCACAACACUAACAUAAUAGUUGGUACUUCAACAUCACCAUCAUCCUUAAAUGACAAUGAAGAUCAAGAUAAAUAUUUCAGUCAUCCAGUACCAAAAAGACCUUGUUUUUUUUUUAUUCCUGAGGCUGACUGGAAUCAUUUAAGAAGUAAACAACACAAAUGUCGUUUCAAAACACUGGACUGGACCAAUGUCAUUGCGCAAGGGAUUCGCAGUGUACACCCGUUUUGCAGUUUUGCAUUCAAACGACAUACUGUGAAAGCAGCUGGGUCUAUAAGAACUGGCCCUCUGUUUUCUUGUGCCGGGUAUUGUCGAUUUGAAGAAUGUCCCGUUGAAGUAUUUGUAGAAGUUAAUAACGAGCUGUCUCUUAAGGCUACUGUGACUUUCAAGGGAGACAAAGUGUGGCACAGUUGCAAUGUCUUAAAAAGACGGCCUGUGCGUGCAAAUGACAGACCUACAACGGCAGAUGUCCUAACCACGAAACUACCACGUAGCCUGUACCUAGACAAUUUAGGGAAGCUGCCGGAGAGUGUGGUAGAUUCAGGUUGUAGGGACCAGGUUCCAACUCCAGGCACACUGAAAACUUUGUCCUGGGACAACAAAAGAAAAAAAAGGAGUCAUACUAAUGAUUUAUUAAGCUUGCAAAAAAUGCAUGAAGAAGAGCAGGGAUCCCAGGAUGCCAUAAUACAAAAAAUACAAAUGCAUCCAAAAGGAGUAAUGCUGUGGUCCAAGAAGAUGCUGAGCCUCUUUUAUCAGCGGUGUAGGGAUGAUAUUGUUUACUUGGAUGCCACUGGGAGCAUUAUUCAAAAAGAAAAGGGUCGCAGUGCACCAUUCUACGUGUAUGAGCUAGUGGUGCGACAUCCUUCAAAGGGAUCGUCCCCUGUGCCAGUAGCGACAUAUGUCACAAAUGACCACACAACUGCGUCUGUGUCAUUUUUCUUGGCCUCAUUUGUGACAGACCUAAUAAGACAACAUGGGCAGAAAAUUAAAACAAGGCCUGUCAUGUUUAUUUGCGAUGGCUCCAUAGUUUUACUGCAAUCACUGUCCUACAAUUUUUGUGGAGUAAGUCUUCAGGAGUUGUUGAACAGAUACUAUAAUAUCGUGACAGGCCAGGCCCCGGAGGAUUCAAUUCGACUCCCAAUACUGCAUCGCUGCCUGAGCCAUGUAAUGAAAAAUGCCAAGGACCUUUGCAAAAAACAUGCACCAAAACAUUACCACCUAGCAAUGCAUACUUUUGGUGCUAUGGCUCAGGCCACAACAAUUGAGGAGCUUGAGGAAAUCAUUGUCAGUGCUGCUGUUGUGUUCUCAAGUUCCCACAGUGGCAAAAAAGUUGAGAAACAUUUCAAAAACCUUCAGUUGAUAAUGACACAAGGAGGAAGAACUGACAUUGAGGACUCAUCCAUUGUGGAGCAGGAGUUUAUGAAUGAUGUGGGAAUAACAUCCUUCCAACAUCAUUUUGAACGAGUGAUUAAGCAGGAGGAAGGAGACAAGGACGGUGAGCCCAAUAUGUAUCUAAGUCCAACAUUCAUCCCUGCUUUAACAAAGUACUUCCUGCCUCAGGCUGCCUUGUGGACUGGACUACUCUUGGGUGAUCUUGGACGUCAUGGAACCGGGCCAGUCUAUGAAAGAUUUACACAGAGGUUCAACAGAGCAGCUCAGAAAACAACCCAAAAUUACUCUCAAGACAACCACACACAGGGCAUCAUGGAGAAAAGUCAGUGGGACCUUAAGAGGAUACGUUUUCAAAGAAGACGGCUUACCCGAUUGGAUGACUUUGUGGUGACUUACAAGAUGACCCUGAAUGGUCUUUUGAGAGAGUUCAGAGAUUCAUUGAAGGGCAAGCAAAGGAGAUAUCAUGUAGAUGAGGAGAAAUGGAAACAAAGGAGACAGAGGAAGCGAGGUGUCUAUGUGAGCCCUUUAGUCAAACCCUUUGUAAUGCAAAAGAUGAAGACCUCUGAGAAAAAGAUACAGACUCAGACACCCACCAAGGAAACAGGAGAAGAGGCCCAUCAAGAUGACAGUAAUGGACAGCAGCAUGCAGAGACAUCUCUGGCAACCACCUUGCAAGAUGCUGCAUCUCAGCUAUCAACAUUGUGGCAAAAAGAGGACACAGAAGUGGUGGUAUCUGUGGUUCCUUCUCAAAUUAGGGGCCAAAGCUUUGUUAUUCACCACAGUGAACUGAGAUCACUUCGCCCUCAUCAGUGGCUUACAGGAGAGAUCAUUGAGUGCUAUCUUCACCACACCGCAGCGAGACUUAAUUUGGGAAGUACCAUGUACAUUCUCAACCAUUACACUGCCAGUGUGAUCCUUUUUGAGGGGAGAGAAGCAGUAAGAAGGCACAGCCUGUCAAGGAUUGACUUUGGCAAAUACAGAGCCAUUGUUUCAUUUGUAAACAUACAAAAUGUUCAUUGGAAGUUUUUGUACGUUGAUUCAGACCGAAGUAAGGUCUAUCUUGUGGAUCCUGCAAAAAGUGCCAAAGAACUGGUAGAGUCGGAGCAAGCAGCGAAAAGACUGCGUGACUAUUUCAACAUGAGACGGGCCUGCCACAGCAAAACUGACUGGGUGGAUAAAAAAUGGAAGGGGGCCAUUAUGCAUCACCCAGUUCAGAAAGAUAGCAGUAGCUGUGGGGUCAUUGUGAUUAUGAUGGCCAGGUUAGUGAUGGAGGCCUUCCCAAAUAUGCCAAGAAUGGACUUCAAAACGACAAGAAAACAAAUGGCACAAGAACGCACAAACAUAGCGUGUGAAAUAUUACACGCUUCUGUGUUCAACACAGACAGUAACUGUGCUAUGUGCUCAACCACAAAGCCACCAGGAUCAGGACCAGCCUUUACAGACUGGAUACAGUGUGAUGGCUGUUGCCGGUGGUAUCACGCACAGUGCCUAAACUUAGAUAAAGACACCCUUAAAAAGGCAGCAAGUGAAGACUGGAAUUGCUGUCUUUGUAAAUAAUUCAUUAGCCAUGAAAAAGUAACAGGAAUUAUUCUACCUGUCUCACCGCAUUUCUCAUUUUUACAUAAAGUUGUAUUUGUGUUCCACACAAAUGUUCAGCUUUUGACUGUGUUCCCUUGACUUGUGUAUGUGUGUGUGUGUGUGUGUGUGUGUGUGUGUGUGUGUGUGUGUGUGUGUGUGUGUGUGUGUGUGUGUGUGUGUGUGUGUGACACUGAACAUGAUCAAUAACUUUUGUUGUUGCUGGAGAAAAAUGUCACACUUUCCCUUUUGAGUCCAACAGAUGUUAAUAAAGGGGUUGAAUGUCUAUA